AUUCAACAAAUUCAUCGAUUUUGCUUAACAACCCCCACUUUUAUUAUAAGCCCUUGCCACCCUUCUCUCUCUCUUCUCUCUCCUGGCUCUACCAACCAUGGAAGCCUUCAGUUUACUCAAGUACUGGCGCGCCGGUGGCGGCGGCGGCCCCGGUGGAGCCACCGCCACCGCCACCGCCUUCACCGCCGCAAAGGCCACCACUAAAACCAUCGUCGACGGUGCCGCCGCCGCCGGCGUCAGCCCUUACUCCUCCGAAAGCGAAGACGGCCCCUAUUUCGACCUCGAAUUCGCCCUACCUGACCACGAGAGCGACACCGACGAACAAGAACAAACCACCGCGGAAUUACAUGAAAACGACGUCGUCAAAACAGAAGACGAAACUGAAAGCGAAGAAAUUUCGGUGCACGAAAACGACGACGAGGAAGAAGAGGAAGAUGAAGCGGAGCUCAAAUUUUCUCUCACUAGCAAUGAGUGUACGGAUCAGAACGCCGCGCUCUCUCCCUCAGACGACCUAUUUUUCAAAGGGGAUUUGGUGACGAUUGAGCCUUCCAGCAUUCUGCUCAACGGCGCCGAAGAAGAGAACCCCAAAUUCCCCGUUUUUCUCGGGAAAUCCGCUUCCAAAUUCCGUGUGCUUCUCCUCAAGCUGAAGAAAUCGAAAUCCGUCAAUGGCGAGAAUCCGGAGACGCCUGACAGUUCCGGCACGCCGCCGAAGAUUGCAGAGAGAGAAAAUCAGGGGAAAACAACGAGCGGGAAAUUCUUCGUGAAAUUCAAGGUUGAAGAAGCGCCGCCGCUCGUGAAUCUGUUUUCGAGGGACAACAGCUCGAAGGAAAUUCACGGAAAAGCGCCGACGAAACAGAGCUGCGGCGGCGGCGUCGUUGAAGAUUCGGAGGCGAACUCGGUCUCAGAUGAGAGGAAGCUCUCCAAAGAAGUGAUGAAUAAGUAUUUAAAAAUGGUGAAACCCUUCUACAUUCGCGUCUCGAAGCGUUAUGUCGAGAAACUAAAGUUCCCCGGCGGCGGCGGCGGCGGCUCCAAGGGCUGCGCCGCCGCUCUGUCGCCCGAGGGGAAUGUGAAGAAUUCUCAGCAGAAGCAAGGGAAGAAUCUGCAAGCAGGGCUGAAAGUUGUGCGGAAGCACUUGGGCAAAAGCCGGUCGGCCUCCGCCUCCGCCGCCGCCGCGGCGCCGCCAGCCUCCGACCGCCGCGACGACUCGCUGCUGCAGCUGCAGGAUGGGAUUCAAGGCGCCAUUUUGCACUGCAAGAAAUCAUUCAAUGCCUCUAGAGAUGUUGAUUCAUCUUCAAUAUUAUGCCGUUCAGUGAGUGAUCCAUCGCACGAGAAGUGUGUAACGCUGCCAAAAUUCUCGAGGGCUUCAUCGUCAACCUCCGGAUCAGAAGCUAAGAAAAGUGGAUUAGAUAAUAGUUAGGGAAUCAAAUAAAAAUAAUAAUGAUUGUAAGUAAAUGUAUUUUAUUUUAGUAUUUUUAUUGAUAAAGAGAGAAACUAGUGUAGGUCAAAGUGCUAGGGCCGAAAAAAGAGCACUUAGAUUAUGGUCUUUUCUUGAUUUUGGUUGCUUCGAUCUGAGUGCUUCAAAUUGGAGCAUGGCAAAUGACUGACGAAUGAGUAAUGCAUUAUUACUUGAGCUUUGUUUCUUUGUAAAAA